GAUCAUUGGCAAUGUCCUCUUGGUAUAGUGGUGUUGUUGAACUUUUAUUGUUUAUUUAAUGUUUUUUGUUGAAUCAGUCAUUGGUUUUAUGUUUCUUUUCAAUGUAUCUCUGAAUAUGCCGUCCAUUCUAAUGAAAUGAAAUGGAAUCCUCAUGACGAUGGCUUCAGUGUUUCAGACCUAGUAACAAAGAUGUCUAGACUCUCUCAAUUUUACACCGUCGAGGUGGGCGAUACGAAAUUCACUAUUUUGAAACGAUAUCAGAACUUGAAACCGAUUGGUUCAGGUGCUCAAGGGAUCGUUUGCGCUGCCGUAGAUACUUUGACUCAGCAAAAUGUUGCUAUCAAAAAACUCAGCCGCCCCUUUCAGAAUGUCACUCAUGCCAAGAGGGCAUACCGAGAAUUCAAACUCAUGAAGUUGGUCAAUCAUAAGAACAUAAUUGGUCUUCUGAAUGCCUUUACACCACAAAGGACUUUGGAAGAAUUCCAAGAUGUCUACUUAGUUAUGGAAUUGAUGGACGCGAACCUUUGCCAAGUCAUUCAGAUGGAUUUGGAUCACGAAAGAAUGAGCUAUCUUCUGUACCAAAUGCUUUGUGGGAUCAAGCACUUACAUUCUGCUGGAAUCAUCCAUAGAGAUCUGAAACCCAGCAAUAUCGUGGUGAAGUCGGACUGCACAUUGAAGAUCCUCGAUUUCGGGCUGGCCAGAACGGCCGGUACCACCUUCAUGAUGACGCCGUACGUCGUGACGCGGUACUACCGCGCCCCCGAGGUCAUUCUGGGCAUGGGCUACACGGAGAACGUCGACAUCUGGAGCGUCGGCUGCAUCAUGGGCGAGAUGAUCCGCGGAGGGGUACUCUUUCCUGGCACCGAUCAUAUCGACCAGUGGAAUAAGAUAAUUGAACAACUGGGCACUCCAUCGCAGCAGUUCAUGGUCCGUCUACAGCCCACAGUGCGCAACUACGUGGAGAACCGCCCCCGCUUUCCUGGCUUCAAUUUCGACAAACUGUUCCCCGACGUGCUCUUUCCCUCCGACAGCAGCGACCACAACAAGCUGAAGGCGUGCCAGGCGAGAGAUUUGCUGUCCAAGAUGCUGGUUAUCGAUCCGCAGAGCAGGAUAUCGGUGGACGAUGCGCUGCUGCAUCCUUAUAUCAACGUGUGGUACGACGAGCAAGAGGUGAACGCUCCUGCUCCUGGUCCUUACGAUCAUAGCGUAGACGAAAGAGAACAUACAGUGGAUCAGUGGAAAGAACUGAUCUAUCAGGAAGUUAUGGAGUAUGAAACUUCACAUUCUAGAGCUCCAUCUGGCUCUCAACUCAGCCCGGCUGUUAAUAACGAACCAAACGGUUAUUGAUUUGAGCACAAAUUCAACUUCAACUAGUCUAAUGUUACAUGAACGCAUCAUAUUUAUUUACACCAACAAGCUAGCUAUUCACAUUAUAAAAAAAAGUUGAUAUGAUGAAAUGAAAAAUUUUCAUGUAUGCUCCCACUUCCUAAAUAAUAUCAGUGAAAGUUGAAGAAUGUAGCAUUUAGUUAAUAGGUGUGUGAUAUAUUAAUGAAAAAUAGUCUGAUUUGUUUGAAUCAUCAACUUUUCAAAAAGGGGAAAAUUAAUUUCGUAUCAUUGGUUUUCCCACACACAAGUUUUUCAAAUGACAGCAACUCUUGAAUGGAUUCAGAACAUUAGAUUUUUAAAUUAUUUAAAACUAAAAAUGCAUAUUGGAAAAAUGUUUCUAUUAGUUGUGACGUGGUUUUGUCUAGUCAUGUCGUUUUUUGAGUUUCAGUUAUGCCUUGAUAAGUAGAAAUAUUAAUUUGAAAUUCGAGCGAUGAAAAAAAUAUCCCAUUCGAAGGCGAAGAUUUCUGCACCAAUUCAAAAUAGAGAAAAGUGUAUUCCCCGCACGUUCAAUCAGACAGGUGGUGUUGCCAUAAAAAAUGUGAAUACAUUUGACACCUGUCAAGUAAUUAAUUGACUAUUUGUGACGUCAACUUGUAACUCAAUUUGGUGAUAAGUCUUCCCCUAUGUGUUAUGGUCCAAGUUGAUUUUUCAUGGACAUACUUUUAUCUGUCACAAAAAUAGAUUUUUUUUGCAUUUGAUUCAUUGUUUACAUUCAAAAGGCAAAUUAUAUUCUGCCUUUUUGUUUUUAUAUAUUUUAUUUGAUUUUUUAUGAUCACAUCCAUCAUUAUUUUACUAUUUCAGAUCAAUGUGAUUAAAUUGUAGAGCUCUAAUUGAGUUUGUGUGGACAAUUAUCCUUUUUGAGGAAAUUGAUGAGGAAUACAAAUUCAAUUACUUUUUAUUAUAAGUUGAUAGUUGAUUCGAAAAUAUUGUGUUAUUAUGAUUUUUAUUGUGACUUUUGUAUUUAUUAUUUAUUUUUCAUAGAACUUGUUAUUUUUGUAUGUGUUGAAGUUAGUGUUUUGACUUUUUAUAAAGUUACUUAAUCUUAGAAACCCACUUGAGG